AAAAUUUACCUGCACUGGAUCCACAUAGAAAUUUGCUGAUAUUUCAUAUGGUGAAUAAAUCCCUAGAUGAAUUGGAAGUUGAUUUUAAUACUUGGGCUAAUGGAGACAAACUAUUUCCGCUAAGAGACCAUUAUAUUUAUAUUGAAAUAAGAAAUAAUGAUGUCUUUCGGGGUCCACCUAACAAAACAACAAAUGCCAAACAUCCUGGUCCAAGCGAGGAACUACAUAAACGAAAUCUUACAGCAGAAAUAAAUGUAACAAUCAGAGCUGGUGAUGGUAUUUUUCAUGAAUUUUAUAAAAGAAGAAAGACAUGUUCGGCUGGUUUUUUUGUACGUUCCAACAAAAGAAUUAAAAGUAAAAAAUUGGGUAAUUACAAAACUUAUGUCAUAACCGAAAGAAAUUAUUGCUUUGAAGGAGAUGCCACUACCAAAGGAAAAACAUUUUUACAUCUGCCAUGGAAUUCGAAUCUUCCUACGUAUAAAACGAAAUCUGUGGGUACCAUGGAACUCCCGAAUUUUGCGAAUCCAUACAAUUUUGCUGAAAUCCAGAUGACAAGUCAGUCCAAAAUUAAAAGAAUAUCUGAACGUUUGAUAAUUACAGAUAUGCAAACCGAUAAAGAAGAUUUAGGUGGUCCUGUAUUUAUGUAUACUACAGAGGGUUUGAAUGUUGUAGAUCUAUUUGGCAUACAAGUUACUUCGGGUCCCAAACUUACUGCUGCUCUAUCAUAUGAACUUAUUCACGAUAUAACUGGAUAUACUCUUCUUAAUGUGAUUGACCUCAAUUAA